UAAAGAGAGCUUGUUUCAGAGCAGCUUAGGAGGAGCAGAACAGAAGCGCUUCUGCUCCUCUUCAUCAUUCCUCUUCUUCUGUGUUUCUGCUACAGCAUGGAUGACCCCAAAGGACGGACCUCCACACCCUCUCCUGACCCGGUUUUCUCCUCUGAUCCGGGUUACAGCGCUGGGCUCGCAGGGGCGUUUCUGAGCGACAGGCUUCCUUUGGGAGUGAACGAGGCGAGCGGCGGCGGCGCCGCACCGCACGCGGAAUGUCGCCUGGUGGAAGUUCACGGAGUGAAGGUGGCCUCCUUCACAGUGGACGGCGCGGAGCUGAUCUGCCUGCCGCAGGUUUUCCAGCUGUUCCUGAGGCACCUGGUGGGGGGGCUGCACACCGUCUACACCAAGCUGAAGCGCCUGCGCAUCAACCCGGUGGUCUGUACCGUAGAGCAGGUGCGCGUCCUGCGCGGCCUCGGAGCGAUCCAGCCCGGAGUGAACCGCUGCAAGCUCAUCAGCAGGACCGACUUUGAGGCUCUGUACCGGGACUGCACCAGCCCCAGCUCUCGUCCGGGUCGUCCCCCAAAGAGAAGUCUGGGUUUCAUCAGUAGCAGCUCCAGGCUCCUCCCACAUGGCCUUCUCAGCCCAGCCCUCCUGUCUCAGAGCAGUCUGACAGCAGUGAUGGCUGAAGCUCUGAGGAUACACAAGAUGAGGAAGAUGAUCAUGCAUUUCCAUGGCAACGUUAACCAAAGUGAAGCCAACUCAGAGAACAACAACACAGGGGGCAAUGAAGGAUCAUGGGAAAGGGAACAGCGCCUCCUUUCUCCUUCCUUAGCUGCAGCGCCCCCUGCUGGCUCGGUUUGUCUCAGGGCUCUGCAGCAGCACAGCCGUAUAACAGAUCUUCCUUUUAUGGUCAUGCCACAUCCUCUCCUUCCUGUGGGCCUGCCCCCUGCUGGUGUAGCCAUGGAGAUGACUCAGUUGACCCAGCUGAGCGGUCCAGCUAACCUGCAGGAUGAUUCACAGACAGACGACAAGGGGCUUCCUGCAGGAAGCCCCUCCCCCAGUGAUCAAGGGCUCCACCUUCAGGAACCAACCAGUCGGUUGCCUUCCGGAGCAUCUUCACCUUCAUCUCCUCCUCCUCCAGAACACCCACCAGAACCAGGUGACACCACUUGGCCCCUCCCCCUUCACAAACCAGCCAAUGACAAAAUAGCACCCACCCAGCUGCCAUCAUUCAGGCGCUUCAGCAACUCCUUAGCUCCUCUCCUAAUGUCUGAAGGCCUGUCCUCCAUGGAGACGCUGCUGACCAACAUACAAGGUCUCCUGAAAAUGGCGGCAGAGAGCGCCCGCUCCCAGAGCAAAAGGAGUCAAACGGAGCGCAGAGAGUUAGAACUGGAGCUGGACAAAGAACGAGACGUCAGACAGACUCUGCAGAGACAGCUGAGCUGUGAGCUUCAGACACAAGUGUCGAUGCAGAGGAGGCUGAAGAAGGAGAAGAAAGCAAAGAGGAAACUGCAGGAGGCUCUGGACCUGGAAUCAGGGAAGAGGGAAAAGGUGGAGCGGUCUCUGAAGACUUAUGAAGGACCAACAGAGAACCCAGUCUUCAUCAAGCCUCCUCUUCUUUUCUGAAUGAUCUCUGCCUGGAGGACGGAGGGACAAACAGACACACCGAUGGACGGAUGUAGAGAGAAAAUUCCACCUAAACUCUAAAAGGACUCAGUUUCCCAUCAUUCCUCAUAGCAGCUUGUCUCUGUGGCUGAACUGCUGAGGAACAGGUGUUACUCCCUGUUAGGCUGGAGCAUGACCUGGCUGUUUGAAGUGACACCACUGCUGUGUCCUAUCGUCCACCCUAACCCCUCCAUCCCUAUACAGAGCAACGGUCUUGCUCCAAACACUAACCCUUACUAUCAGUGUCCCUCCAAAUAAAGUAACACUCACAGCUGAGAAAGGCGCCUUGGUUAAAGAGGGGUGGGGGGAUGUAAUUUUGAAUGCAAGGGUUUCUUCCGUCCAACGGAAAAGGAAAACAGUCGUUGCAAUGGUAACACAGUGACAGCACAUGUGCAUGGCUGUUGCUCUCUGCAGUAUGAUGACAUAAAACCUUCGCCCCUUAAAAGAAAUACGGUCAAAUAAAACUAUUUAAAAGAGGACCUUCCCUUUUAGGAUCAAUGACGUCUAACUUGUGUUUUCCUGUCAAAGAUAAAGCAAACCAGCAGAAUAUACUAUUUUAAUACAGGUGUUUCCUCCGCCACUAGUUCGCCGCUACACCCACUGCCAAAAUCCAGUCCGUCUGCUCUGAUGAAGACUCGAUAUUUAAGGGCUGAAUGGUCAACUUUCUCUACCCACUAGGUGGUUUGAGAUGGCUCGUAAUGUGACGGACCCUCCACAAGAACGCCUAAAUGGAGGGUUAGGGGCCCGUUUGGGAUUGGGCCUUAAAAAUCCAACAUGGCUCCUUUCUCCUUCUCCAACUGAGCAUGUGCAGCCUCUAAUGUUACCCACCUGAUGACAUCAUAGGGUCUGACCUGGACCUGCUGUGACUUGAGGACCAUCGACCAGCACACAUUUCUCUCCUAACAUUAAAAUGGUUCCAGUUGCAGGACUUGUCCAACUUGUAAAACUGUGAGUGGGUUAAAAUGGUUAAACUUUUUGCUAACGUUACUAGCUGAAACUAGAAUCCAAAUAGUAGAGGUGCUGGUGCUGCCAAUUAGACACAUUGUGUUACUUCCUGUUUUGACUGCUUUGACCUAUGUUCUGUGCUGCUGUUCUCCAGCUUUUCUCUUUAAUUAAGUUCUCUUUCCUGUGUGUCAUAAGCUCAGAGUGUAGGAAUGUGAGGCGCAGAAUUUGAGGCGAGACAGGCAGUGGGAAGAUUCAAAACGUUAUUAAGAUAAACUGAACAGAAAUAUGUGGUGCUGUGAAUCUACAGUGGCUGCAGGGGGAGAAGGGGCACACUCCAUCACUGGCAAUCUGGUUGAGGGGGAAACACAGGUAAGUGACCACGAUAAUCUGACAGAAGAUGAUCAUCCAUGUGAGUCACUUACCUGGUCCAUCCUCUUGAGUGAGGAAGGAUCCAGUCGAUGGACUGCCAACGAGAUGCGGCGGGAGCAGCCCAGAGUGUCCCCGAUGCAGCAGCCUCAGUGAACAAGCACGAAUCUGAGCAAGGUCAGGGAAACAGUUCAGAACAGGAAGGUUCAGAGAUCCAGGAGUCCCCAACCCGGCUUAGGGUUCCGAUCAGAACAGGAACAGACAGUUUCAGGGUUCCAUGAGUCCAACAGCGAGUUUAGGAAGAAACGUUCAGAUAGAAACUGGUGGGCUCAGCAGUUAAGAGGCAGAACAAGACAUGACCCCAGGAAAACCAUGGAACUUUAAACUAACUCCCUCCACUGAGCCAAAAAAGGGAACAGGGUGUGCUCAAUGGAUAAAAGGGAGGACAUGAUUUGGAAACGCUAAGGCAAGUACCUAACACUAAGCCUAAUACCUACCAGAAUAGAGCCACUGGGACCAGGGACACGUUCAUGUAGUGGCCCUUCAACAGUUCAUGAAAAGGUAGGAACCAAAAACAAUUGGGUGAUGAUACACAGAAAGUGCAGUUCUAGAGCUUCGCCCACUGGUCACCACCAUCCCAUCCAUAUUUCUAAUUGUUUUCCCUGCUUAUUCAUAUAACAGAUGAGAACCCCACUCUGGUAAUUGGCAGCGCCUUAAUCAGAAACAUGGCAUCAGAGACAGCAGGGACCAUAGUCAAAUGUUUGCUGGGUGCUAGAACGGCCGACAUCAAAUCCUACCUGUAGCUACUGGCCUUCAGUCCGGACAUAUGUUUCUCCUUGGUCCUGUCGUGCCUCUAUCUUUCUUAUACUUCAUCCAAAAUAGCUUGUUAUCCUGAGCUAUUUUAUGUAUUUUCUGCUGCUAUAGCCUUAGACUGCUGGAGGACAUGUGGGACCCCUUUCCAUUCUGCUUUGAUCCAUUUCUAUUUUGGUAUUCUGCAGUAUUUGUUAGUUCAACCAUUAACUUUAUGCUUUUUCUCAUCAUAAUAGCUUAAUCUGGUCUUUUCCUGUUCUCCAUCCUGAACCCAGGCGGGCCAAAUUCACAGUCAGUCUGGCGUCUCUCCUGAGAACUUCAACAGUUCUCCUUAAACUCUGCUGCUGAAUAUCUUCUCUGAAUUAUUCUAAACAAAUAAGGUCAGGAACCAAAACAAAAACAAGAUUUCUCUUUGAUGUUUAUAAAAUAACACAUCAGCUUUCUGGUGGGUGGAGCUCUGAGGCUCAUUAGCAUCUCAUCAGGGUCCUUGGGAACACGAUCCAUGUUCUUCAGUCCAGCUGUCCGUCAUUUAAAGGCUAAUUAGCAGCCCUCAUUAGCCUCAUUUGAUGAUAUUUCACCACAAUUCUUAAUCCAGUUGUUCAAACUUUUUCAUCUAGAAAACAUUUUGAUUCCCUAAGGAGCUCUUUACCCUUAACGAGCUUCAGACACCAGACUAACGAGAUCAGCACUAGUUAGCUUCCUAAAGCAGAGAUGCUCAUUAAUGAAAGGUUAAAUAAUGAAAAAAACUACUAACUAUAAUUGGUCCUGUAAUAUCUAAAGUGCUGCUCGCUGCAGCCGGCAUCAAUGACCACACCUAAGCUCAGUAUCAGCUGCUAUAGGCCAGGGCCCAGUUGGACCCCUUUAGAAACCCAGCAGGGUCUAGUUGGGUUUACUGGGAGGUGAAGCUACCCGUCUUCAUUUUGCUCAUCUCAUAAGACCUGCAUUUUGGACCAGAAACCAACAGACCCUCUACUGUGAGAACAUCUAAUGUAGGAGGAAGCUGUAGAAGUGAGGAAGAUCUGGGGGCAUAUUUAACAAACUUCUUACAAUUAGUCCUAAGAUCUAUCUGCAAAGAAACAAAAAA